AAAGAACCAAAUAUCUGAAACAGUCGAUCUUACAUCUGAUGACGAUGAACGAUCAAACACAUUACCAUUACCAAAACGUCGCCGAGAAGAUCCUCUCGAAACUGGAUUAAGUGGGGAUGUCGAUCAAUUAAUGAUUUCAUCCUCAAGUGACGAGUCAUGUCCAGCGCCAUGGUUAAGAGACAUGCGCAAGGCUCUUACCCAAGUCUUUCGUCUUAAUUCCUUCCGAACUCAUCAACAGCAAAUAAUUUCUUCAGCUAUUCAAGGCAAAGAUGUGUUUGUGCUAAUGCCAACUGGAGGAGGCAAAAGCUUAUGCUAUCAAUUACCAGCCAUCUUACAGAAUCAUGCACCAGGUGUCAGUAUUGUUGUUUCCCCACUCUUGUCUCUCAUGCAAGAUCAAGUUCAUGAUCUCGUGUGUGUUAAAGGCAUUGCUGCUGCACUGUUGAAUAGUCAAAUGGGGGCUGCUCAUCGUCGCUGGGUAUAUAGUGAACUCAAAAAACCAUCCUCUUUGAUGUGCCUGCUGUAUGUAACACCAGAAAUGCUGGAAAAAUCAAAGGAACUUGUCGAAGCUCUCAGUUGUUUGUAUGAUCAAGACCGCUUAACCCGUUUUGUAAUUGAUGAAGCACACUGUGUUUCCCAGUGGGGUCAUGAUUUUCGACCAGAUUACAAGCUACUUGGGAAUGUUCGUAACCGGUUCUCGGGAGUUCCAAUAAUGGCCCUGACAGCUACUGCUACACCUACUGUUGAAGCGGAUGUCUUACGCUGUCUAGGAAUGCAAGAGUGUAAGGUAUUCAGACAGAGCUUCAACCGAAAGAAUUUGAGCUUGGAGGUGGUAACCAAAACACCGCGGUCAAUGGCUGACGAUAUUUAUCAAUUUAUCGACGAUGGACGUAGAAAUCAUAGUGGGAUUAUUUACUGUAUCGGACGUCAGCAAUGCGAGUCGCUUGCAGAAGAGCUACGAGAAGCUUUUGGCUUGACUGCAGAGCAUUAUCAUGCAAAAUUGACACCAGACAUGCGUAAUAAUGUUCAGCGAGAGUGGAAGGAAGGAAGGAUCCGGAUUAUUGUGGCUACAAUUGCAUUCGGUAUGGGUAUAGACAAGCCCGAUGUACGUUAUGUUAUACAUGCAUCUAUCCCUAGCUCCCUUGAAGGCUACUACCAGGAAAUCGGUCGUGCUGGUCGAGAUGGUCAACCUGCUGUUUGUCGGCUAUAUUAUACUUAUCGUGAUGCAAGUGUUCAUCGUGGGCAAAUUGAUCGUGGUGGAGGAAAUUCGACACAAAAGGAACGCCUAAACACCAACCUUAAUGCUAUGAUAGCUUAUUGCGAAAACGUCAUUGAUUGUCGUCGUUUCCUAGUUCUGAAAUACUUUGGCGAGACAUUUGAUGCUAGUGGGUGUAAUCAGACUUGCGACAACUGCCUUGGCGCAAUGAACCAGACUAAUAUUACUAAGGAUAUGACCAGUCUGGCAAUUGAAACUAUUCGCCUUGUCCGAUCUGUACAAAGUGCCGGCGUUACUUUGUUGCAGGUACUUGAUAUGCUGAGAGGUUCGCAAUCCAAAAGGUUUGUGGAUAAUGGUUUUUUGGAGGCGACUUCAUAUGGUGCAGGCAAGCAUCUUUCGCGGCCUGAUGCGGAAAGAUUUAUGAAGCAUCUUGUAAUAAUGGGAAUUUUGGUCGAAAAAACCGAGUACAACAAUAUGGGAUUCUCUUCCGCCUACCUUAAGGUUGGAAAAAAAGCAUUAGAUGUCGAACGAGAAGCUCUUAAGGUGAAUUUGAGCUUCUCUAGUACAAAUGUAACACCUUCAUCAUCCAGCUCUUUAAGAUCUGCUGAAACUUCCGGAGAACCCAAGCGACGUACGAAAGUAGUACUGCCUGGAUUUGUUACCGCGUUAUCUCUCACCAACAAAGACCAACCUAAUACCAGGUCUACAGCAAAAUCCGGUAGUACUUCAAAUGCUACUGGGUUUACAAGACCUGUAGUCACACCCAAAAAAGGGAAAAUUACCAAUUUUAUUUCACCACUGAACACUCGCAACUAAUGUUUUAAUAAAAUCUAAUUUGCUUUAUU